AUGAGUAUGCAAAAGUGGAUCAGCGAUGAGAGGGCUGAGCAUAACAACUUCGAGUUUAUUUACUUCGACACGAUGCUAGCUCUCGCAUCUGGACUCGCAUAUAUUCACAGAGAAAUCGACGACUUCGUGGCCUACCAUCGCGAUAUAAAGCCAAAUAAUAUCCUACUCUUUCCUGGUGACAACGAUAAGGUCAUAUGGAAGUUUUGCGACUUCGGUACCUCGAAUCUCAAGUCCGCAAAUGAAACCAGAACCACGAGUAUGGUUACAACUGAGUACUGGGCCCCUGAAGAAUACUUUGAGACUCGUACAGAGGACAAAGGGCUAACGCGUGGUCGCCCACAUGAUGUUUUCUCUCUCGGAUGUGUGUUCCUUUGCUUGACAACAAUAUUGCACACGGGCCUUGACGGUUUUGCAAACUUUAGAAAACGGCGAGAGAAAGCAGACAAGAGUGACAAGACCUCACAUUUGAAGGGUGCGUUCCACAAAACGAUGCCGGCGGUACAACGUUGGAUUGAGAACUUGCAUAAGAAAUGCAAGGAAAACCCAACGCAGGAAGUGUUGGGCCGCGAAGUAUUAGUUCUUAUCUCGGAGAUGCUACAACCAAUCGAUAAGCGUAUAUACUCAUGGGAGGUAGAGGUAGACUUGCAUAUCCUUGAGCAGUUGGAAAAUGACUCUACGAGCGUGGUGGAUCGUCUGCGCCAGACCAUACAUGGAUCAAGAGGCUACAACUCGAAAACAAAGCACAAUCCUUAUAGACGCGCAAAGGCAAAGGCUGAUAAAGAGGAUACGUAUAGACCCAAGCGUUCAGAAGAAUUCUUCCGUGUGAUGGAAGAGUUUGGCUGGCAUGAUUACUCACCGCAGUCUACUACCAGUAGCUCUCAGCGAAUGUCGGGCCGAUCAGUCUACUCAAAUCUUCCGCCGCUAUCCGAUCAAGAUACGCUUUGUGGUGGCCAGAAACUGUACCAGGAGAUAUCGAAUUAUUUUUCGAGAUCUGAUAUUGUAGCACUUUACGGAGUUGCUGGCAUCGGGAAAUCCAGAAACGCCUUUGAGUAUGCCCGACAAUUCACGAGUCUCAGUGAGCCAACUUUGGCUAGACAUGUGUUCCACGUAAACGCCACAAGUGUUGAAUGCCUGAUACGGUCAUACGAUGCCAUUGCAGAUGUGAUCAAUAACUCUCAAGCCGACCCAACCGAUAGGUAUCGAGAAGGCUCUCUGGUCACAAGGUACACUCUUAAGCCCUGGCUCGAAGAUGACAAGAACGGGAGGUGGUUCAUGGUUGUAGAUGGACUCAAUCAGACUAGUAGCAUGGCGGAACUUAGGAACUUGCUGCCUAUACCAAGAGAUGGCGUUGAUCAGAUUCUCAUCACUACACGGGACCGUGCUGCGGCUAGGGGGUACUUGACGAGAAAACAGCACCUGCCACCAUGCAUCGAGGUAACUGCACUGAACCCCGAAGACUCGAUGCGUCUCUUCAUGCAGAACAUCGACGAAUCACAGAGACUGGAUAGUACUGAAAUCACGGACAAGAUUGCAUCUCUACUCGAGAAGCUAUGGAGUCCUAUCAUGAUCAAACUUGCCGCCGAAAACACCAUUAAACGUCCAAUCUCAGUCCUACACUUGGAAGAAUUGGUGGAAGAUAAUGGGUUGUCAGAGGUGAAGGCGCCGUUCAAGUCGUAUCUGGAGUACGUUCUUGAACCUCUAGAUAGUGAACUUUCCAUUGGUUCGAGUCGACGCUGGGAGGUUGGGACUUUAUUCUUGCUCGCAUUCUUUGACCCGGAUGGGGUCAGUUGGGAUAUUUUGAAGAAGAACUAUGACAAAAAGAAGAAGAAGCCGGGAAAAUCUGAACUCGUAGGCGUUCUUGGGAGAUUGGAGGACUGUGCCCUCAUUCGCAAGGUAAUGGAGAGUACUGAUCACGUAUACUCGAUUAGCACAGGCAACAUUCGACAAGCGAUAUUGGAAAAGAUUGAGAGGGAUGACGGUCUCGAAGGUCUUCUGACUCGCUACAGCAAGGCUUUGUCACUCGUCUACAAGUUCUACCAACCAUUGCGCAAGUCGAAAGAUUCUGCUCGACUUCGUCAGAUCGAGCACUCGUUGAUGCCACACUUCGAGUGCUUCUUGCGAUUCACCAACAAGCACCCUCAGCGACAGAGAUUUCGACUACACGAUCUGGCCGUACGGGCCGUUAUUUGCUUUUCGAAAGUUCUCAUCGAUCAAGACAGGCAUAAAGAAGCCAUGGACGUCACUGAGUACACUCGAGAACACUUCAAACCCGAGAGAGCCGAUGAAAAACAAAUGAUGCUACAUUUCAAUCUUGGAAGGCAUCUAACAUCCAUAUACCUUACUCGUCCAAAGGACGCAACUUCAUUCCAUUACCGAUCCAAAGCAGAAAUUCUAAUAGCUGAGUUGCAGUCAGUGGCCGACAUGUCAAAAGGGCAUGGUGUGACGUGGACGUGGUUGCCCUCAAUGGAUCUGAAGAUCAAGUUAGAUCAAGUCAAAGUUUAUCGGCAAGCUACACAGUUCAGCGAAGCACAUCGAUUGUUAUCAAAUAUUCAGGAAGGUAUCGAGAUCGCGAGUACCAAAGGUGGCCGAGGCCCUAGGCAUACCAACAACGAAAGAAUUCGUGGCUUCGCAGCGCGUGAACUGCAGACCCUGAUCACAUAUCAAGACGGGUUGUUGCAUACGGCCGAAGGCAUCUCGAAACAUAAAGGCAACCCGAGAGCUGCUCUAGAAUCUUGGAAUAAGGCUCGAGAUUUACUUUUGAAGGCCAAGAAGGAUGCCAAAAACACUCGCCCAGCCGAUCAGGCGUGGCAUGAUGAAAUACGCGCUGCGAUCGCAGUUGCGAACACCAGGAUUGGGCAGAAGCAUCUUAUCCAGGAUGCGAUCAAAGCACUAGAGCUCGUGUUGGACAGAACAAAAGAAAACUACGGAUUGGUCCAACGUACUAAGGACGUGGAACGCAGGCUCAACGAGGCGAGGCUCAAGUCGAGUAAGCAUGAUGUGAAACUUGCGACGGAAAGCUCACGAGAACUCUUGGACUGGUACGCGAAGCAUUGCGGGUCACAUGCGAAAGACACCGAGGACUGCGCGUUGCAACUUGUGAGAGGGUUGGAGAAAAUGGGGAAAAUGAAUGAAGCAAAAAUGAUCAGGAAGAAAUAUAGGUUGGAGAAAGACUGUAGUGAUGCGAGAAACAUGUGGAGUUGGGAAAUGUCAAUCAUGGUCUUUUUCUUCUGUCUCUUGGUCGCGUCGUUCUACAUGAAGAGACAGUAUGCGUAA